CGCCUUGAAAACAAAUUCUCAUGUGCGAAGAAAAAAGACCGAAAGCCACAACAUGGCCAAGGCUGCAAGCGCCGAUCAGUUUGCCCAGCCCGGCAUGAUGAUUUUCAGCAGCCAGGGUUCCAUGCAUCUAUCUCCCUUACCAGGUACCUACCUAGAACUAAAGCAUUCGAGGACGCGUACUCCCAAGCUUCCUUUUGCGUCACACCAUGCAAUAAUUCUUUCCGAAAGCAAUGCCAUCGAGACCGCAAGCCAAGUCAACAAGCCACGCCGAGACAUCGGCACCGCGGAGAAUUGAAAGCCCCAUCUUAGGUCGUC